CCAUUCAAAUCAAUCUGGACUGACAAAACUGCAAUACUGGCUGGCAGAAAAGAUCUAAAACUUCAAAACCCGCAAACCUCUCAUGAAGAAAGGGUUAUUACAGCAGACGUCUUAUAUAAAAAGCAUUUCUUCAAGAUCACAAAUGUUUAUGCUCCACCGAAUAUGAAAGACAAAAUAGCUUUCUUUGAAAAUUGGAUUCCUCUUUUUGACGAAGACAAGAUAAACAUUAUUGCAGGAGAUUUUAACAAGCCAAUGCACAAAAUGACACAUCAAGAUUAA